UACGUCACUGCUUUACGGCACACGAUUUGGAAUGUGAAAGGGCUCUAUCUAUCCCGACAAUUCACUUGUACGCAGAAUCCUGUCCGGAGCGUAGAAAGGAGCAAGGAGAGCAUAUUUUGGAGAACCGGUGUCUUCUUAGCAGCUUUAGCAAUGCUUCUCUCAUUUGUGACGUUACUUCUCCUGACUUUCACCUCUUUAGCGGCCAAAGUCAAAGACUUCUAUACUUUUAAAGUUGUAAACAUCAGGGGGAAACUAGUGUCUUUGGAGAAAUACAGAGGCUCGGUGUCGCUCGUGGUGAACGUGGCCAGUGAGUGUGGCUUUACUGAGGGGCACUACAGAGCCCUGCAACAGCUCCACAGGGACCUGGGUCCUUAUCAUUUCAACGUGCUGGGCUUUCCCUGCAACCAGUUUGGGCAGCAGGAGCCUGGCAGCGACAAGGAGAUUGAGAGCUUUGCCAGGAGGACCUACAGCGUCUCUUUCCCCAUGUUCAGUAAGGUCUCUGUGGUGGGCACUGGGGCCAAUAAUGCCUUUAAGUACCUUGUGGAGUCGAUCGGAAAGGAGCCUGACUGGAAUUUCUGGAAGUUCCUCGUGGACACCAAUGGGAAGGUCGUGGAUGCCUGGGGUCCGAACGUACCUGUGGAAGAAAUCCGGCCACAGGUCACUGCGCUCGUGAGGCAGGUGAUCCUCAAGAAGAAAGAUGAGCUUUAGUGUCAGACCCAGCCCUUCCAACAGCCUGGACUGUAUCCAGGUGCAGCAGCUUUCAGAACAACUGCCCGCUUUCAAAUAUCACCUGAUCAAAAAUUCCAUUCAAAAUGCUCUUAAAUCAACCAGAGCGUUUUGCUGUUGUGCGCCUCGUUUGUGGAACUCUGUUGCGGUUGACAUUAGGCAGGUUGAAACACUGGAUUCUUUCAAGUCAUCCUGUUCUGAAUGUGCUUUUCUGUAAUUGGUUGUAGCUGGAGUGCACUGUGCAUAUGAGCUUUUGUUUUGUUUGUAACUUUGCACAGCGCUCUGCGAUGCCGUGGCGUGAAGGGGGCUAUGUAAGAAUACAUUUGUGAUGGUUCUGGCAAAAUAAAGUUCUGUUUGUCUUUUUAAAGUUUGAACAGCUUGAUUUGCAAGCACUGCUGUUGGUGAAAGGUGUGACGGACAUGGAAGCUGGCAUAUUCCACUUUGGAGGGGCUUCACAAACUAAGAAGCCAAGAAAGACAAGAAACCCUGACUGUAAAGAAACCCUGACUGUAAAAACUUUGUACUUGCUAGCGGCUGUUGCUCCUAACUAGUAGUGGAGCCUCCUGGUGUAUUCAGUUUAUGUGCGGACCAAAGAGGUGGAGGUGGUAAAGUAGAUAUUAAUCAUUUAUUAGCAGGAUCAUUAGAUCAAAUGAAAGAGAUUUAUUCAAGAAAUAAAGUCCAACAUUUCAACAAAA